AUGGCUUUCCAUGUGGAAGGACUGAUAGCUAUCAUCCUGUUCUACCUUCUAAUAUUGGCUGUUGGAAUAUGGGCUGCCUGGAAAACCAAAAACAGUGGCAGCGCAGAGGAGCGCAGGGAGGCCAUCAUAGUUGGUGGCCGAGACAUUGGCCUGCUGGUGGGCGGCUUCACCAUGACAGCCACCUGGGUUGGAGGAGGUUACAUCAAUGGGACAGCUGAAGCAGUGUAUGUACCAGAUUAUGGUCUAGCUUGGGCUCAGGCACCAAUUGGAUAUUCUCUCAGUCUGAUUUUAGGUGGUCUGUUUUUUGCAAAACCUAUGCGUUCCAGGGGCUAUGUGACCAUGUUAGACCCAUUUCAGCAGAUCUAUGGCAAACGCAUGGGCGGCCUCCUGUUUAUUCCUGCACUAAUGGGAGAAAUGUUCUGGGCAGCAGCCAUCUUCUCUGCCUUAGGAGCCACUAUCAGUGUGAUUAUUGACGUCAAUGUACAUAUUUCUGUCAUCGUUUCUGCACUCAUUGCCAUUCUGUACACCCUGGUGGGUGGUCUCUAUUCUGUGGCCUACACAGACGUUGUACAGCUCUUUUGUAUUUUCAUAGGACUGUGGAUCAGCGUCCCUUUUGCACUGUCACAUCCUGCAGUUACCGACAUUGGGUUUACAUCUACACAUGCCAAAUACCAGGCUCCUUGGCUGGGUACCAUUGAAUCAUUUGAAGUCUACACUUGGCUUGACAGUUUUCUGUUGUUGAUGUUGGGUGGAAUCCCAUGGCAAGCCUACUUCCAGAGAGUCCUCUCUUCAUCCUCAGCCACCUAUGCUCAGGUGCUAUCCUUCCUGGCAGCUUUUGGAUGCCUGGUGAUGGCUAUACCAUCUAUACUCAUCGGGGCCAUUGGAGCAUCAACAGACUGGAACCAGACUGCAUAUGGGAUGCCAGAUCCCAAAAGCAAUGAAGAAGCAGACAUGAUUUUACCGAUUGUUUUGCAGUAUCUCUGCCCUGUGUACAUUUCUUUCUUUGGUCUUGGUGCAGUUUCUGCUGCUGUUAUGUCAUCAGCAGAUUCUUCUAUCUUAUCAGCAAGUUCAAUGUUUGCUCGAAACAUCUACCAGCUCUCAUUCAGACAAAAUGCAUCAGACAGGGAAAUCGUGUGGGUCAUGCGAAUCACAGUGUUUGUGUUUGGAGCUUCUGCAACAGCUAUGGCACUGCUCACAAAGACCGUUUACGGGCUCUGGUACCUCAGCUCAGACCUCGUUUACAUCAUCAUCUUCCCGCAGCUUCUCUGCGUGCUCUUCGUCAAGGGAACCAACACGUAUGGAGCCGCCGCAGGUUAUGUUUCUGGCCUCUUCCUGAGAAUAACUGGCGGGGAGCCGUAUCUGUACCUGCAGCCCUUGUUCUUUUACCCCGGCUAUUACUCUGAUAAGAAUGGCAUAUACAAUCAGAGGUUCCCCUUUAAAACUCUGGCCAUGGUGACCUCAUUCUUAACCAACAUUGGCAUUUCUUAUCUAGCCAAAUACCUAUUUGAAAGUGGAACCUUGCCACCAAAAUUAGAUGUGUUUGAUGCUGUUGUUGCAAGGCACAGUGAAGAAAACAUGGAUAAGACCAUUCUGGUCAAAAAUGAAAAUAUUAAAUUAGAUGAACUUACACCUGUGAAGCCCCGACAGAGCAUAACUCGCAGCUCAACUUUCACCAAUAAGGAGGCCUUCCUUCACAUGGAUUCCAGUCCCGAAGGGUCUGGGGCUGAGGAUAAUUUACAAUAG